GAGUUUACGUCUACUUUUUGCUUGAACCGUGAGAAGAUGGCAGAAGAAAAUAAAAAAAUUUCCUUCGGUUUUUCAAAGUCUAUAAAAAAGCCAAUUUUGGAUAAACCGAAGGAAGAGAAAAAAGUGGAUUAUAUCGAAUGUCUAGAUGAAAAGGUGAUUAAGGUGGUUAAUAAAGAAGAGAAGACAGAGGAACCUCUUGUUAUUCCACUGUUGCGAUCUAAUACUUGGUAUGAUAGAAUUAUUAAUAGAAUAGAUGCUUCAAAGUCAGAAAUAAGUAAUGACAGUAUACAAAAUACUAAGCCUAAGGAAGAAUCAUAUAUAGUAUCUAAUAGUGUUUUAACACCGAUUUAUCAGAUUGGUUCUCUCUCUAAUAUACAAAUAAGAACAGAGUCACCAGUUGAAAAUAAAACUCUUACUUUGGAUGAACAGACAGCUGAAAAAAUUGUAGUGAAACAAAUUGUAGAUGAUCUGAACUUUUCAGAAAAAAAGAAGGAUAAAUCAUGCAAUAUAAUUAUACCCUUAGUUAAGGAACAAGAUUUAAAGGAUGUGAAAGAAAGCACAUUAGAAAAUUACGAGAAAGUGCCACCAAAUACUUUUAGUUCAGCCAUGUUACGAGAUAUGGAAUGGAAACCUAGUUCUCCCUCUAAUGUACAAAUAAAUAUGGAGUCACUCACUGAAAAUAAAACUCUUACUUUGGAUGAACAGGCAGCUAAAGAAAUCAUAGAAGACCUCAACUCAUCAGAAAAAAAGGAUGAAUCAUACAAUAUAACUGUAUCCUUGGUUAAGGGAGAAGAUUUAAAGAAUGAGGAAAGCACAUUAGAAGAUUACGAGAAAGUGCCAGUAAAUAUCUUUGGUUCAGCCAUGUUACGAGGUAUGGGUUGGAAACCUGGCGAAGGAAUCGGUAAAAAUCCAAAGCUUGCAAAGCCCGUUGUUCCUGAAUUACGACCCUCGGGAAUGGGACUUGGUGCAGACAAAGUAGCAGUGCAAAAACUGAGUGGAAAGACUCAAAAAAAGGAGGAGGAAGAAUUAGUAAUGCAGAUAGGAAGUUUUAUAAAAAUUAUCGCUGGCAAGCAAGCCAAUGCUUAUGGCCAAAUUGAAGGCUUUAACGACGCGGGAAGAUUAAUCGUGAAAAUGGCACUGAGUGGAAAUAACAUUUUUGUGAACGAGAGCAUAGUUGAAGUAGUGACAAAGGCAGAAUAUUCCAAAAAUUCUAAAGUUUUAAAUGCUGCUAAAUAUGAAGAACAUAAGAAGAAGGAAGAUUAUAAACGGAGAUCUGUAUCGUUAGAAAAUUCUAGUAGUGAUAAUAGUGAUUUGGAUGUACCUGAAAGAAAAAGAAGACACAAAGAGAAUGACUACACACACAAAUCGAAGAAAUCAAGUAAAAAAUCAAAAUCCCAACAAAGGGAUUCAUUUGACAAUGCAAGUGACAGUGACAGUGACAAUAAAAGAAGACAUAGAAGCCGAAAGCGCUCCAGUAGUAGCGACAGGAGUAAAAGAAUGAAGAAGUCUAAGAAACACAAAGGAAGAAAUAAGGAAUGUGAACGACGGAAAGAUAAAACAUCAAUUGAGUCUUUUGAUAGAAGAAAAUACAAAAAGCAUAGAUCUCGAUCAUCUAGUAGACGAUAAUAUAUAUAAAUCGUGAUGUC